AUGAGAAUCGGAAGGGGAUGUGAACGUUGUCGUCUUCGUCAUAUCAGAUGUACUACCCGCGCUGGAGCGUCCUCAUGUAACGCCUGCACUCGUCUGGGUCGUGCUUGCCGCUUAGAUCCGCUCUUUCGCUUCAAAACAGUUCGUCAUGUAUACCAGAAGAACAAUGGCACUGCAUCCAAGUUCGAGCUGGUCUGGAAUCCUCAGCAAACCUGGGUCAAGGUUCCUCAUUCGUUGACAUUUGUGCAAGAAUCCUCUGAAGACUCAGAUGGCGACAAUACAUCCGACGUGCCAGCGAACACUCAGGAGGAUGGCCACGCAACUUCAGAUGAUGCGCCCCAAGUCUUCCCUCAGCAUUUCUCAAUAUGCUCCCCUCUCCCUUUUCUAGAGGCCGACGUCUGCGAUCUCCGUUCUCACUUCGCGACCGAAGUUCCCCGCCGCGCUCUCCUAUACCCAAUGGUCCUCAAAGCCGUCCUCGCUCUCGCCGCCCGACACGACGCCAUGAUGAACGGCACCAGUGACUGGGAGGCAUCUGAAUACCACGGCCAAUGCCUCGAGCUUCUUAUCGCAGCCCUGGCCUUGCCCGAAGAAACCUACGACGACAACCUUCUCAUAACAGUGGUGAUUCUGCGUAUCUACGAAGAGCUCGAAUUUGCCACCGACGAGAAGUGCCAUUGGGUUGGCUCCAACCGACUGCUCAAUCGGAUGUCCAAUUCGGCCUCUUCGGGCGGGCUUGCUGAAGCCGUGAGCUGGCAGUUCCUUCGCCAGGCCUUGUACGCCUGCGUCGUCCAGCACCAGCCGAUGCAACUCAACCUCGAGAACUACGAGCGAUCGGUCGUUUUCCAGCGGCGCGACGAUGCCUCGUACGCGAACAUCAUCAUUUUCUAUUGCGCUAAAAUCUUUCGUUUAUGGUCCGGGUCGCAUUGCAGCCCAGUGGACGAGGCGGCGUGGCAGCAUCUGGCCGAUAGUGUGGAACAAUGGUACAACGCCCGACCGAUCAGCUGGCAGCCACUCCAGUACAAGAAUGCGAGUCCCAAUGAGAAUCGUCCGUUUCCAGAGAUGUGGAUGAUGUCGCCUCAGGCUGCGUGCAUCUUUCUGAGUGUAUCUGAUCGACACUGGAGUGUAGUCAGCGACUACGAGCUUGCGCGACUCAAGCGCGUGGGAGAAAAAACAAUCUCCUCCCACCUGACCAAAGUCAUCGGCCUCUCAAUGUCCAACGAAACCGUCGAAAACGCAUACUUCAUGGCCUGCCAUCUCCUCCAUCGCUGCACCUCCAGCACAACGAUCACCUCCCAAGCCGACGCUGACAACCGUCUCGCCUCCUGCUCCACCAUCCACGGAACAUUGACUAUCUCGCCCUCUGCCACCGGCACCAUCACCCUCAAACAACUCGAGAAGCUCAACGCCGGUCUCACCAUCCAGAAUGCCUCCGCGCUGACGGGCUUUUCCGCGCCCAACCUCGAGACCGUCAAUGGACAAUUUUCCAUCAAGAACAACGCCCAAUUCAGCACGCUCACACUGUCGAAUCUGAAGACCGUCAGCGGGGAGCUAGAUAUUGACGACAAUUCGCAGCUCAGGGAUCUGGUGUUCGAUGAUUUGCAGUAUGUGAACGGGGCGUUGAUUUUGAGCGGGAAGUUCGAUCGGAUCUCGUUUAACGACCUCAAGCAUGUAAAUGGAAAGACCAAUAUCCGAUCACGUGGUGGAUCAUUUCGUUGCUCGAGUUUGAAGACACUCCGGAAUGGGGACGAUGAUGACGACGAUGACGAUGGCGAUCACAACAACAAUGAUAACAACGGCAACAGCGUUUUCAAAGGGUCAUAUUCCUGCUCCGACGGCUCCAGCAGCGGGCUGAGUACAGGAGCCAAAGCGGGGAUCGCGAUCGGAGUCAUCCUGGUCGUGCUGCUGAUGAUCCUACUCGUCUGGGUGUUGAUGCAUCGAAAUCGGUCAAGGCGAAAACGGCGGAACGCGGCCGAAAACGACGAUAAAUCCGGAUACACAGCCGUCGGGGUGAGAUUGUCGCAUGAACGCAAGACUUCGAAUAUGGAUGAGAAAGUGAAGCCCCAGGUUUCGGAACCGCCUGAGGCCGAUCCACCGAUCAACCUGGACAGCAUCCCGCGGAAACCAUUGUCACCGCCUCCACCGUCAGCGUCGACCGACGCACAUCGCACAGUUUCAACACUCUCGCCGUCUUCGCCACCUCUGCCGACCUCGUUGCUUCCCGGUAUGGAUCCUUCGUCCAGCUCGGUUCCGACAUCUGAUUAUCAAAACGCGUUGUUCCUGCAUGCCACCCCCCGACGGAGGCCAUCUGAAACGGAUGUUCCAUUGUUGGAUAGUGGAAAUGUGCAUGAAGUACCGGCCAGUCCGAUCGCGCACGGAGAAGUGUAUGAGCUGGAUGCGGGGCCGGUGCGAGGGACGCACCAGCAGCCGAUUAGCCAUGAAUAAUCGACUUUCGCAAUCGCGACCGUAUCACGAAGCAUGACUGAUGAGACUUCCGGAAACUGCGGGUUAGCAAUACCCAACGAAGAUACCCUGAGAUAGCAGAACAUAAUAAAACAG